CCGAUAGCGGGAUGUUGUUGAUUUUAAGUUGGGUGGGCGAUGGUAGUCGGGCUCCUGGGCCCCGUGGAAAAGCGGGAAGUGUCGUUCGUCUCCUUCCAGGAUCUCCGCGAUCAGAGAAAAGGCGAGCCCUUUGUGGUGAUCGAGAUAUGUGCUGGGCCCUCGAGUGUAUUAAAAAUGUCUGUAUAGCACUAGGCCAUUGGCUACUUGAUAAAGCCAGGAAAAUGGAAUCUGCCAUGGUCACUCUACGCAACAUGUUCGAGCAGUUGCUCAGACAGAUGGAAGUACUGAAUGAAGGAAUUGAACCUCAAUUUAUUCAGUUCGCCAAAAACUUUGAAGAAUGUAGGAAAAAAUGGCAAAAGACUGAAUUGGAGCUUUCCCGUGCUACAGAGUGCCUAACAAAAGCUGAGACUGAGCGAAGUGCACUCGAUGUCAAAUUGAAGCAUGCUCGUAACCAAGUUGAUGUAGAAAUGAAGCGUCGGCAGAAAGCAGAAACAGAGUGUGAAAGACUGGAACGUCAGAUACAGCUUAUCCGAGAGCUCCUCAUAACAGAAGGCUCGACCAGCAUUCAGUUAAAUGAAGAACAGAAGUCUGCUCUUGCUUUCCUCAACCCUAAAUGCUCAAAUUCUAAUGGAUAUGCAUCCAACAAACGGUUAUCAACAAUAGAUGAGUCUGGAUCGUUUGUCUCUCAUUCUGACAUUAGCUAUGACAAAACUGACGAUUCAUUGGACUGGGAUUCCUCCAUUGUGAGGACUGUGAAGUUAAAGAAAAGAGAAAAACGGCGUUCUUCAAGGGUCUUGGUUGAUGUCCAGCCAGCACCAGCUAAGCGUUCACGAUCAAUUGAAAAGCAAAACGAUUCCAUUGUGGCUAAAACCACUCUGACCUUGCCAAAUAAUGGCGGGCCAAUUGAGGCAGUUUCUACAAUCGAGACAGUGCCAUACUGGACACGAAGCAGGAGACGAACAGCAAAUCUGAAAGGACCAGAUCUUGAUGCCAUUUCGGAAACUCCCUCAAGCACCCCAUCAGCAACCAGUAGGUCUGAUACUUGCAGCACGCCUCAGAGUAAUGGAGGGAUGAGGACUCAUGAGUUUGUCUCUAAAACGGUUAUAAAGCCAGAAUCAUGCGUUCCUUGUGGCAAAAGGAUAAAAUUUGGGAAGCUGGCCUUGAAGUGCCGAGACUGCAGAGUUGUGUCUCACCCUGAAUGCCGAGAUCGCUGUGCACUCCCCUGUAUCCCAACUUUGGCAGGAACCCCUGUAAAAAUUGGUGAAGGAGUUUUGGCAGAUUUCACAUCCUCUAAGUCACCCAUGAUCCCAUCCAUUGUGGUGCAUUGCAUCAAUGAGAUUGAGCAAAGAGGAUUGUCUGAGACUGGACUGUACCGUAUCUCGGGGUGUGACCGCACUGUGAAAGAGCUGAAGGAGAAGUACCUGAAAGGGAAGAACAUGCCAUUGCUCAGCAAAGUGGAUGACAUUCAUGUAAUUUGUGGGCUUCUGAAAGAUUUUCUGAGGAAUUUGAAGGAGCCCCUUGUAACUUUCAAACUGUAUUCAGCGUUUGUAAGUGCAGCAGAAAUUACUGACGACGAUAACAGUGUUGCAGCAAUGUAUCAAGCUAUCAGUGAGCUGCCCCAACCUAAUAGAGAUACUUUGGCAUUUCUGAUGAAUCAUCUGCAAAGAGUGGCUAACAGCCCAAAUUGCAAGAUGGACAUAGCCAACCUUUCCAAGGUCUUUGGCCCUACAAUUGUGGGUUAUUCCACACCUGAUCCAUCACCCAUGUCAAUGCUACAGGAAACCAAGCUGCAACCGAAGGUGGUUGAACGUUUCCUAUCUUUGCCAGUGGAGUACUGGAGCCAGUUUACAAUGGUGGAGCAGGAGAAUAUCCAACCUAAUCGAAUCAUUGAAAAUUCUAAUGCUUACAGCACUCCUGAAAUGAAAGUGAGCAUGCUUGGGCCACUGACCACUCCAGAACAUCAAAUAAUUGGCAAGACCCCCUCGUCCAGUUCCUUAUCUGCACGAGUCAAAUCCAGUCUGACCAAGACCACUCCCAAGUUUGGAAGCAAAGGCAAGUCAUCAAUCAAUUUCAAUCGAACUGGAAACUUCUUUGCCUCCCCGUUAUUGAAAUAAUCGCACAUUUAACUAAAUAGGCACAAAAAUAUUAAUAAGCUUCCCUGGAAUUUUGCAUUAAACCAACAAAUGCAUCCUGCAGGUUUUUGUAUUAUAAUCUGCAUCAUACAGCAGUUUUAAUAAUGUGUAAUCACCAGUCUAAUCCUUUUAAAUAUAAUGUAGUUGAUGUCUGUUAUUAGAGAUGGUACCUUUUUUUUAAUGUUUUGAGCCUAUUUUUAAGUAGAUAACUUCUGUAUUCUAAUUUGCAAUACUACAGCUUACCAGUAUGAUGGGAACAUUGAAAGUUUAAUUCUGUAACCUUUAGACCGGCAACUGAUUUUUAAAAAAAACAUUGGUAUGUGUCUCAGAAAUACUAAAAGCUCAAAGUGAAAGAUUAUUUUACAUAGUCAAAGAUUGUGGGAUCUGUUAUUACAGAAUGAGAAAUGUAUAGGGGAUAACUGAAGGAUUGCUAUAAUCCAAUAAUUAUAUCCAGCUGACUGAACAAUUCUGCCGAGCAUUGAUCUGGCUGAAUUUUGUAUUCGGCAAUUUUCUGCCUUUUGUGGAGCUAUUAAUCCUGUAUGAAAGAUCUGGGCUUUUUUUAUUUGUUUUCUUUGUUUUGCUUAAAUUUCUUGUCACUUUGAAGGUUAAUUUUUUAGCGGUAACCAAUACGUACAUAGCAGUUUUGUAUUGCUGGCAAUAAACUUGUAUUCAGUGGCUCCAUGCUUUAGUGGGAGUCCACUACAAGCCAAAAAUGCCAUGGAAUGAGUUUUGUGCCUAGCAAUUUCUAUUGCAGGCACAGCCUAACUUCUGCCAGCUUUUAACCUAGUUCGUUGUGUUGACAAUUUUUAAUCCAGUUACAGAACAGAACAACUGGUUUUAAACAAACCUAUCUUUGCUACAAAGCUGUGCUUUGAUACCAGUAGCUAUCAAGUAAAAUGAAUCACCAGUAGCAUUUUUAGUAUGAGGUGCUCACAAUCUGGACACAAUAGAGUAUUGUCAAAGAACUUGGUUUUAUAAAAUGCAUUUCAAAUUGAGUUACCCAUUUUGUGUAUUCUGAAUUUGGCAAAGAACUGGGCAAGGAACUCUUCAAGUUUGGGAUUACCAUGGCCCUUUCAGUGAUUUAAUAGAGGUUCCAUUGUAAAAUCUUUGUCAAUUAAAAUGUAUGUGCUGCAUUUUUUUUUGGUUGGAACGUAGUAUUUAGACAAACUGGACAUAAAUUUAUUUUCUAAGCCAUUGAAAACCAAAGGCUUCUAUUUUUUUUAAAAAAAAGAACUGUUUUUUAAAUGUUUAAUUAGGCUUGUGUAUGCGUGUAAACGUUAACUUGUGAUCCAUCUUGAAGUGCAAAAUUAAAUUAGACACAGACAAAUGCAAAGUGCUGACCUUGGUUAUGGCUUGAGCUAUGCCUAGAUAUACUUUGAAUAACUUCAGAAGUAUUCAGCAUCAAUAAAAUAGAAAAUUACAACCAAAAGUAGAAGCAUGUUUCCGACUAAUAAAUCUGUAUGUCAUGCAAACUAGAUUUUAAAUUCUAGAGUAUGGUGUUAUCUAAAUAUAACUUUUACAGAACAUGUAAACGUACCUAUUCCCUUCAGCUUUUUUAAUAUUCCUUUUUAUGCAUUUGAGUUGUAACUACUGUGUAAAAUAUCAUCUGUACCAAAGAUUUACCUGCUGUCUCAAAUUUGCCUUCACCUGUAAAAUCCCUGCUUCAUCAGCAUCUGUUACAGAACUGCAGUGAAACCUGUUUAUUAGGCACUAAAUCCAAGUGAAAACUCAGGCAAGGUGUCAAUAAGCAGCUUUGUUUUUUUUUCUCAUAUUUCUCAAAAUUGAAACCCACAGGAUACCAUAAUAAGUUUGUUUGAACUGUUUUUUGAAAUGCUUGCAACCAUUUAAGGAUAUCAGUUACCAAAUUGCUGCAGCUUUAUUGAUGCAUAUUACACAAUAUAUUGUAAGUAAUUUUCACCUUUAUUGUUGUGUAAUGCGUACUCUUUUGUUUCAAAAACUUCAGUUAAAUAAGUGCAGUGAUCAACUCGUGUUUUUUUUUGUAUUUUUUUUAAACUGUGUAUGUGAAUUUCAAUGGGUUCAUGUGCCAUCCUGACUUGGAACUAUAUUGCUGUUGCUUUGUGAUCACUAGGUCAAAAUCUUGGAACUCUUUCCCAAAGAGUACUGUGCGUGUAUCUACAUCAGAGGGACUGUAAUCGUCCAAGAAGUCCAAACUGACAUUUAUGUUCCACAUGACCUUU